CCUCUAGCAGGCACCACAGGGCAUGCUGAGACUUGUAGUUCCAUCCUUUGAAGAUGACAAGGGCAGUCCAAUCACAGGAGUGCCUGCAGAAGCAUUUAGCCGGUAAUUAGGGUGUGUGUGUGUGGCUGCGGUGACAGUGGCAUUGGAGGGGAGCAGCGCUCCUUGAUGAGAUCAGAUUAGCCCAGAUUAUGCAGAUGACUUUAAAAAAGCGCUAAGUGCCUAUUGUUGGACUGGUUUUGGGAAGGUGGACGGGGAGCCUGUGGCAGAGGAAGCGGCUACUUCAGGGACCUCGGAUCAGGGACCCCUGAAACACAAAAAAUGCCGGUCAUCAAUAUAGACGAUCUGACGGAUAAAGAUAAAGCAAAGAUGGAAGUGGAGCAGCUGAAGAAGGAGGUGAAGCUGGAGAGGCAGCUGGUCUCCAAAAUGUGUGAAGAGAUCAAGACCUACAUUGAAGGCAACUCCGGAGAGGACCCUCUCGUAAAGGGCAUUCCAGAAGACAAGAACCCAUUCAAGGAGAAGGGAGGAUGUGUCAUUGCCUAACUGACCCCCCUCUAGGACUGUUUUCUUCAGUCGUACAAUGGUGUAGAUAACUCUUUGGCUAUUUUCUGGCUCAUUUAUAUAACCCGAUGCUGUACCGCGUGGAAAUUCACGGGAGUCCUGAGGGUUUGCACUGCACUCACCCAUACUCUGAGGCCCAGCGAUCGGCAUGGGCGCCAAACUCAGAACCGAGAAUGUAACUAAUCUUACCUCUACCUUAGGGUUAAUGUGUUGCUUUAUGGGUUGUAUUAGUUUGUUUUAAUAAAAUACGUGUCUGUAAAUCUAA